AUGCAAGAGAAGGAGGAGAAGAAGAGAAGGAAGGUGAGGAAGGGAUGGCUGACUGUGACAGUAGGGACGGAAGUCGAAGCAGGUGGAUUCCGGCGGUUUCUCAUCCCCAUCUCUUACCUCUACCAUCCCCUCUUCACCGGGCUUCUCGACUCGGCUCGCGACACUUAUGGCUUCCCCUCCUCGGGACCCCUCGCGCUGCCGUGCUCCGUCGACGACUUCCUCCAUCUCCGGUGGCUCAUCGAGACAGAGACGCAGCCCUCCGUUUCAGCUCUUACCGGCAGAAUGAGAGACAGACUGAUUGGCUGUCUCUCACUCUCUCAUGGUCUUUGUUUGUAA